UGCAUCACAAACAUUUCUUCCAUUACAUUAUAACAAAACACACAAAAAUUUCAUUUUUGUUUUUCUUAUAAUUUUAGAGUCACAAGUUCUUCGUUGUUCAGCUACUCCCACUGUCAAAAACACGAAGUGGGUUUUUCUGAUCAAAGAACAAAAAACUUGAGGUUAUUAAGAAAAAAAUGGAUUUCUCCGCCUUGUUUCUCACUCUCCUCGCCGGAAGUCUCUUCCUUUACUUUCUCCGGUGUCUAAUCUCUCAGCACCGCCUUGGAUCUUCCAAACUCCCACUCCCUCCGGGAACAAUGGGUUGGCCUUACGUCGGAGAAACUUUCCAGCUUUAUUCUCAAGACCCAAAUGUCUUUUUCCAAACAAAACAGAAAAGGUAUGGAUCGGUGUUUAAGACCCAUGUAUUGGGAUGUCCAUGUGUGAUGAUCUCGAGUCCAGAAGCUGCCAAGUUCGUGCUGGUGACGAAAUCUCAUCUCUUUAAACCAACUUUUCCGGCGAGUAAAGAGAGGAUGUUGGGGAAACAAGCCAUCUUCUUCCACCAAGGUGAUUAUCACGCUAAACUCAGGAAGCUUGUUCUUCGUGCUUUCAUGCCUGAAUCUAUCAGAAACAUGGUUCCUGAUAUCGAAUCAAUCGCUCAAGAUUCUCUCCGAAUUUGGGAAGGAACAAUGAUCAACACUUACCAAGAAAUGAAAACAUACACCUUCAACGUUGCGUUGCUAUCGAUCUUCGGAAAAGACGAGGUUUUAUACAGAGAAGAUCUAAAACGAUGCUACUACAUUCUCGAGAAAGGUUACAAUUCGAUGCCAGUGAAUCUCCCUGGAACACUCUUCAACAAAUCCAUGAAAGCUCGCAAGGAGCUCUCACAGAUCCUCGCUAGAAUCUUAUCAGAGAGAAGACAGAACGGUUCUUCACACAACGAUCUUCUCGGAUCAUUCAUGGGAGACAAAGAAGAGUUAACCGAUGAACAGAUCGCCGACAACAUAAUCGGAGUGAUCUUCGCCGCUAGAGACACGACGGCGAGUGUGAUGUCGUGGAUCCUCAAGUACUUAGCCGAGAAUCCCAACGUUCUAGAAGCCGUUACUGAAGAACAAAUGGCAAUAAGGAAAGACAAAGAAGAAGGAGAGGCUCUAACUUGGGGAGAUACAAAGAAGAUGCCAUUAACUUCAAGAGUUAUUCAAGAAACAUUAAGAGUCGCUUCAAUCUUAUCUUUCACAUUCAGAGAAGCUGUCGAAGAUGUCGAAUACGAAGGGUAUUUGAUACCUAAAGGAUGGAAAGUGUUACCGCUUUUCAGAAACAUUCAUCAUAGUGCUGAUAUUUUUUCAAAUCCGGGGAAAUUUGAUCCAUCAAGAUUUGAGGUGGCUCCAAAACCCAAUACUUUCAUGCCAUUUGGCAAUGGAACCCACUCGUGUCCUGGAAAUGAAUUAGCAAAGCUUGAGAUGUCUAUUAUGAUUCAUCAUCUCACCACCAAGUACAGUUGGUCAAUUGUUGGAGCGAGCGACGGGAUUCAGUAUGGGCCGUUCGCGCUUCCCCAAAACGGACUGCCCAUUGUGUUGGCCCGGAAGUCGGAGAUUGAAGUGUAGAAUGACAGAAUUACCCUUUAGCUUUCCAUAUUUGGAAAGAGGAGAUUAGAGAUGAAGAAUAAAUAAUUAUUUCUUAG